AGAUUUUGAAACAGACAACGCGGGCCAGCAGCUGGAUAUUGGCAAGCCGCUGAUUUUUCCCUCAUUUCAACGUUUCAUGGCAUAGCUAAAUAAUUAUUUUUGGAUAUUGAUUUUCUUCGCUUCUUGCUUUUCAUAUGGCUACUAGGAUGCUCGAGAUAUUUAGAUUGACGAUUAAAAAUGAAAAUGGAUUGUUUUUUGCAACUUACUCGAAAAAAGCAGUCAAAAGUCCAUUGUUUUGGAUGAUUCUAGUAUAUUCAAUAUUCCUCAUCCGAGCAAUGCACGAAGAAGAUCCAAUGGAAGUACCAUAUCCACCUGCGCAGAUAAAUUUUCGAACGUCUCGAAAAUAUAUUUCAAGCAACUAUGCUUCAUCAUCGAGGCUCGGGAAUCAUCUGUUCGAGUUGGCUUCAGUUUUAUCAAUUUCCCGUGAGCUACAGAGAGUUCCCACAUUUUUCAUCGAAAAUUGCUAUCACGAAAAAAUGUGGGAGGAUUCGAACACCCUGAUUCCGGGAUUGAUGAACCAUUUUUUGAUUAUUAAUGGGAGUGUUCCAAGUUCUGUCAAACGCGUCAAGUUCCAUCAAAAAUGUUGCACAUUUGAUGAUCCGAGUCUGUUGGACAAUUAUGAAGAUGAAUAUUUACAUCUUACAGGGACUCAUUAUCAGAGUUGGAAGUACUUUUCGCACAUGAGAAAUGAGUUAAUUGGGUACUUAAAAACUACCGAAAACACCUAUAUGGAUUUGCCGAAAUCUGGAGAGAACACUUUUAUAACAUGUGUCCACGUUCGACGUGGUGAUUUUCUCCGAGUGGGAUUCCACGUGGCAGAUGAAAAUUUUAUUCGAAGCUCGUUGAAUUUAAUUUCUCGACAAGUUGCAAAACGAGCCAACACAGCGACAGUAUUCUUCGGUGACGAUUAUGAAUUUAUGGAUAGUCUGAGAAAUCGAACAUCCAAAAUCAACGCGUUUGUAUCACAAAAUUCACCAGCCGACGACUUAUUAUACGCAAAGUCGAAUUGUGAUGUCGUACUUAUUACAGCCGCCCAUUCAACAUUUGGCUGGUGGAUGGGAUAUUUUUCCAAAGGAAAUCGGGUGUAUUACACUGACAUUCAAUUUACUAAAGAUUGGAUUUUGGAAACUGGAGAGUUCAUUUCCGAAGACUACUACUUGCCCCACUGGACGCCUCUUAAAUAUGCCGGUUCUGAUAAUUUCACAGUGAUUCAAAGCUUUAAGUGAUUAAUAAAUAAUAUUUUUAUUCCAA